AUGGCCUUUCUCGGGGCAUCACAGCCUUUCUCAGCCUCUACUCCCCUGCAGGCACGUCGCUCUAGGAACCUUUGCCAAGAAUACCUGGUGGUGGUGAGGGAGCGCCUGGCAUCCGUCAAGAACAAGGUGCUGGUGCUGUCUGGCAAGGGAGGCUUGGGCAAGUCCACUGUGAGUGCCAUGCUGGGCCUUACCUUGGCCCUCGAUGACUCCAAGGAGGUGGGGUUCCUUGACAUUGACAUCUGUGGGCCGUCUCAGCCGCAGGUGUUGGGGACAGCAGAGGAGAAGGUCCACUCUUCAGGUGUUGGCUGGUCCCCUGUGUAUGUGUCUGACAAUCUGGCUGUCAUGUCCGUUGGGUUCCUGCUCAACAGUGCAGACGACGCUGUCAUCUGGAAGGGACCCAAGAAAGAUGUGAUUGACGAGGUAGUGUUUAAGCAUGUAGCUGUGGAUGAAGUGGCUCUGCUGGAUGUGAGGAAGGAAAUAACAUUCUGCAGGAAAGUGAACAUUCCCAUCAUUGGCCUGGUGGAGAACAUGACCACCUUUGUGUGCCCCAAGUGUAAGACCAAGACGGCCAUCUUCCCUGCCACUACUGGAUGUGACCCCCAGCUGGCAGAGGAUACUGAGAUGCCACUGCUUGGCCAGCUGCCGCUGGACCCCUGGGUGGCCCAGGCGUGUGAUGAAGGCACCAACAUUCCGACACGAGCCAGAUGCUGCUGUCACUCAGGCAUACAAAGACAUUGCAAACAAAAUCAAGGAGUACUGUGACGCACAGUCCCAAGAAGCCACUUGACCUGCAGCGGUAGCAGCAGCAGCAGCAGCAGUAGCAGUCAUCACCACACUAACCAACACAUUCUACAGAAAAGUCUUGUUAUUCAUGCAGAGGUUUAUUUUACAUUUACUUCUUAAAUCCAUAUUAUUAACAUCA